CAUUGGCGCUGCACUCGUGUAGUGUAAAAUGCCGCUGAGGAGGCAAAAUAAGUGAUCUCUGUGCUCUUUUUCAGAGUUUUUCUCUUAUUCUUUCUGACUAAAUUCAUGAUAUAUCAACUGCAGAGAUGACCGAAAGUGCCAAGGAAUUGAUACAGUGGAAGCUUCUCUGGAAGCUGGUGUCCGGGAAUCACUACGACACACCUGAAGAGGAUGUUUACGAUAAACUCUCAGAGGUGGUGGAUGAACUGCGAUUGGGGCUUAAGCAGUAUGGCAAGAGUAACGUGAAAUCCGAUGGGAAGUUGCAGGAUGUUGUGAAGAAAGCUGGUCAGGAAAAACUCUUGAAUUUUUGCCAGCGUUUGCAGCACUUCCUAGAUAUUGACGCACUUCAGACAUGGUCUCUGCUGUGCUCCUAUCUCGUAACAGAGUACAAAGGGGCCCCCAAUUCUUUGCCACUGUACACAGCCAAUGAGGAGAACAUGAUGCAAUUCCUGCAAGAUAUCUGGAAUUUUUACUCUAUGGAGAGAAUGGUUGUGCUGAAGAUCUUGCGAAACAUCCUUGAAUUCCACAAUUCACACGUGCAUCCAUACGCUGAGACAUAUGACAAGAUAUUGAUGGAGAUUGGUGUGAAGAAGCUGCGAGAAUCGCUUCUUAAACAGCUCGAAGAACUGAUAAAGGAAACUCCUCCGGUUGUUUCAUCCAACUUCGGGGAGCAAUUGUUCAACAAGGUUCCUCAGUGGUGUGAGAGGAAGCUGAAGGAGAUCAAUGAAGUGCUUCAUUUGUUAAUUCUCAUUGUGAAUCUUGAUGGAAUUCCAGUGGAUGAACUGAAGCAGUUGAUGGACCUCUUCAAGUAUCACUCCUUCGGGCGGCAGCAUCAGUAUCUGGAGAAGAGUGCGCACAAUGACUUGGCUAAUAAGAUAAACUUCAGCGAGGUGGCUUUAUUCAUCCAAUGCGUGGAUUUGUCUGAUCGCAAAAACAGUGAACAAUGGCUGGCGGAUGUGUUAAAGCUAGACAAGGACAUCCUGGCACUGCAUCAACAAGUUGAACACGGUCCGAUUCUCUUGUUCUGGAUGCUGCUCAAUUUCCGCCUGGCGAUUACGCUAAAUGACGAGGAAGUGGCCAGGAAAUAUACUCGCUGUGGCGCCAGGGCUGUUCAGCUAGGAGUUUAUCAGUAUCUCACUGAUAUGAUCAGAGAACCGAUGUUCAAGGAAGCGAGUCUAUUAUCCAGAAUCGUAAGGACGAGUGUAUAUGAGAAUUUGGGCUUCCUGUGCGACCUCUUCGACGAGGAUGGGUCUGUUGGGAUGAAACCAGGAGUGUUUGAUCUCUUGUCUGAGUUGCUGAAGAGUCCAGCGAUUGCUGGGAUGUUUUGCCAGCCUGGAGAUACGCCUAGAGGUGUGAAAUCCCUCUUCAACACCGCAAUCGAGUAUUUCCCAGCUGAGGUACUCCCUCUGGCGCAAUUAGCGACUUCUCUGGCCACAGCAGGGGCCGCUUCGUGUGCCUUUGUCAAGGAACAUCUCAUGGAUUUGCCUGUCUACACAGAGCCUCAGUCUCAGAAACAAUUUGACCUGCGUUCAACAGCACAGGAAGAUGAAUACGUCCUCGGCGAGGAUUACGCCCCAUUCCCGGACAUCCUCUAUGUCAUCCCUAAAGGAACACUCGUGGUUGUGAUUGACAAGAAAGACCACACGCUGAUUCACUUCAAGAAUAAAUUGGACUUCUUCAACGUUCUUCACCACGAAAUGAACGAAUUGAUUAGAGAAUCCCAGCAAUUUACCAGAAUCAACACUAACCAACUUGAGAGGAUCACAGCAGGGAUAAAGUGCUUGGUGUCAAUCUUGAGAAGGAUCAAAUCUCCUGCAGACAUCACAGAGAGUAUGGUUUUUCCCACGGAAGUUGUAUUCUUCCUUCUCGAUCGCUUCCGCGAGGCGCAAGAGCCCUCGAUGGAGUUAAUGGCAUGCUGCCUGGAUGUCUGCACAGCUCUAGUGCCACUGCUUCCGGAGGAGAUUCUGAGGAGAGUCAUCAAUCGAAGCAUCCUUCCUACGAUUCCCAAUAAGACGCUCUCUUAUGAGGAAUACGCCAGGGUAAUGAGCUUCAAUUCUGGUAAUGUGGGCUAUUACCUACUGAAUUGUGAGACUUCAACGGGAAAGUACGACUUUCUCAAUGCUUAUUUUCGUUUCUUGAAAGCCGCGUCAGCCGGUGAGGGAGAUUCUGACCGUGUGUACAACAUUGAACUCCCGGGAUUGCUCUUCCUGCUUCACGCUGUCUUUCCUCACUGUCACUCAUGGAAGUUCUUGGACGAAACGGACAAAUAUUCAAUCUACAUCUUUGCUUUGGAGUAUUUCUUGAGAAUUCUUCAGGAUGGUGUGUCUGGAAAGGAGCACAGAAGGCUUCUUGUGGACGUGACAAUCUUUAGUCUCCUCAAUCUCGAUUGCGGACUCACGCUUCUGCGCUUUGUGGGCGUAGGCAACGGGAAUCUGGAGACGCUCGUUCAGGCGGGGACGAAUUGGAUGACUAUAGCAAAUACUGGACUCAACUUGAUUAUCCAACUCUCAAUGACGAUUCUAAUGCACAUAUUAAAGCAGCGCGUGACUUUAGACAAGGGCAAGAAUCUCUCGCCGCUGGAGAGUGUCAUCUACACGCAGCCCAAGCAGAGAGACACUCUCAGGAUUAUUCCUGUCGUCACGAGUUACAUGGACAACAUUUUCAAUCGACGACUUCCGCUACUGGCUUGUCGUCUCCUGAGGCGCUUCGCAAUUGAAUUCAGGAUGUCUCUGCUCGCGUGUCUUGACAUGGACGCUGAUCACAUCCGCGUGGUCUUUCUGCAACGGCUCAGGGAUGAAGUCGAGCGGGAUGAUGUUAAAAUUGCUAUUUUGGAAUUUGUUGAAGCAUGCAUUGAUCGCCAACCAGGACUUGUGGAGGCAUUCUUCAGUGUCACUAACGAUCGCAGAGGCCUCUUGGCCAUCAAAGGAAGUAAACUUGAUACACUGACUGAAGGAAUUCCUGUUUACAUGACAGAAUAUCUCACUGUGGUGAACAAGGAUCCUGAGAAGAUUGCCAACCCACUUUUAAGUCGCAUAAUGUCUCUGUUUCAUGAGAUUUGGCGCAAUAAUAUGCAGAGUUUGGUUGGCGAUCUCGUGUCUGGCGAGACUUUCUGGCCAUCUUUGUGCAGUCCACUGUUCACCACCAUCAAUCCGACCGUCAAAGCGUAUUCCCAACUGUUCAACAUCAUGGGUAUUGAGGCAUUCAAAACCAGCGCAUCUGAAACAAUGCCAUCAAAAUUAAAGGAAUGCUUCGAGAAAUUCCUAAAGCCCGAAUGCUUCACAAAGUGGAUAGAAACUGUCUUCAUCUGUUCAGACAUUGAAGACGGAGCUGAUCGUCCUGAGUGGCUGUGUCGUCUGCAAUCCUUCAAGGAUCUCAUGGUGGUGCUUUUGCGUCGAAAAUAUCCGGAAAUGCCGAUGAAAUCCAAACAAAUCCUCACCAAAGUGUGCUUUCAACGACUUGUGGCUAAGACGAAGGCUGCAGAUGACUUCCGACCCGUGAUCAUCCUGGCAGAGCUCUUCUUGGUAGCCAUGGAAAAUUCCGUGGGCAAGUUUGUGGACAACGAAAAAGAAGAUCGAGAAUUGUUGAGAGAUUCUUCCUCUCUGCUCAAUUGUCUGGCUAUUUCCUAUGCGGAUAUUCAUGUACGCGCGAGAGAUGCAAUCCUGGGUGCCAUAAUUGAGAUCACUGGAAUCCUUCCGGAUGAUCUGGUGGAUGAUGUUGAGACUACACGAAGUCUUCUCUGUUCCACAGUGGACAUAAUCUGCAUAGAAUUGAUGGACGUAGAGAAGCGAGUGAAGGAGAAGACAUUGGAAACGCCCAGAAGGGACUUUUCGCUGAUCCUCGCGAUGCAUCUUCUAAGGAAAAUACUGAUGAUCCUCGAACAGCAUCAAAUCGACGCUUGGCAUGCCCUUCUGGAGUCCUACAAGAUGACAAACAGACUUUUGAGUGCUGUAAAUGGGAUUUGCCACUCUCACGAGAAUCGCCGCGUGACUUCUGAACUCCUGAACUUGCUAGUUGUGCUGGCAAAGACCCUGCGGCCUGAUUAUCUGCUCCACUGCGAUGUGGUGUACUAUCUGUGGCUGAACUUGCUGCCGCCCAAGGAGAUUUACCAGAGCCAGACAGGCGCCAAGUGGCACAUGCAAGAUUGGCUCAGUAUCUAUGCGAGUGGAGUGGAGUUGGUGGCGGUUUUGCUGCAGCGCAACAAACACCUCUUCUUCAAUGAUGCCCUCAGUUUCGUAGGUGUGCACGAGGAGUACCUAAUCGCGUCAAUUAUGCUGGCCAAGGAGUCGCUGGAAGCCAAAUCUUUGGCCCUCAUUAAGGUUGUGCUUGAUCUGGUGUUCGAAAUGGCCAAAUAUCACAGACUCUGGAGGUUGGAUCAUCCGCAGAGCAUGAUGAACAUUAUGAGGAGCAUUCAGCAAUUGAUGGAUCAUGCAAUCUCGCUUCUUCAUCGACCAAAUCAACUCAGUCAACUCCUGAACAUUACUCUAACUUCCGGGAAGACAAGAAGUGAGCCAAAUCCUCCGGUUCAGGCGAGCAAAUCCCUCGUCACUGCCAUGAACGAACUGAUCGAGAUUAUAACUCUGUGCGCCAAAACUCUCCUGAUAUUCAGUCCUAAAAUCAUGGAUUUGCUCUGCGAACCGGAAUUCCAGCCUUCACAAUGGCAAGCACUGAUUGAAAUCCAAUUCAAGACUCCAACAUUGAAUGAAUCCGUGCGACACUUGUCACUGGGCGCUCUUCUGACCGCUAUUGUUACACUAACAAAGUCCCUGAAGCUUAUUCAAUACCAAUUUUGUGAGACACCGCUGAAUUUCAAAGAUGUGGAGCGCACAGAAGUCAGCAUUAGUGUUCCUGCAGACAAUGUGACGAUUUCUCAGUCAAUGACAACACCGAGUCCUCGUCCAGGCUUCGCCAAAUCUCUUUCCACGUCCAGUUACGGUGCUCCAACGCCCUCAGAUGAGAUUCUCUCGAAGAUGGACGGUAAGCUGUGCGCCAUGGCGCUGGAAUAUUGCCUGACUUUGGUGGCUAGUCAGAGUCUGCUCGCUCUGAGGGAUCCCAAUCUGUCGAUAUUGGACAAACAGCUCAUCAGGAAGGAGUUGAUGAGCACAGAAUUGGCAUUCUUCCAUGAUUUCGUGAAGAAGAGGAUUUUGCUGAACGGACGAAAGUUCUGCGAGAGGAAGAAAUAUGGAUUUCUCAACAUUCCGGGAAGUUCACUGCCAGCAAAUCCUCUAGAUGGGCCUGAAGAGUCUCCAAAGUCUACAUCAUCAUCUAAGAUUGCUGCCCAGAAGGACUCACUAAGGGUGAAUGUGGUCAAGAAGAUGCAUCUGCAGCAGAAAUCUCAGCCAUUUGCUGGGUCCACACCGAUGAAGGAGACCUUUUCACUGUCGACGCCGCGAUUUGAGGAGACUAUUACGCCUAUUAAGAGACUAGACGCGGGGAAUCUGUGGGAGAAGAGACUUUGUCUCAGGGAAGAGAUUCAGUUUCAUGAGGGAGAUCCGCCACUGCCGCCCCUCAAUAUUGUCAAACUAGUUGAGGAGGAUUAUCUGCACUUCCUGUCCUAUCUCUUUACAGUCGUGUGUCACUCGGAAGUGUAGAUAAACAAUUGUCCAUGUUCAGGACGUUCUCAAAAUAUAAUUAUCACGAUUAUUAUUUUUGAAUAAAAUUAAUUUCACCUUUG